GAGCCGCAGCAAGCAGGUCACAGAUUGCUCAUCGAGGUGAUGAUGUCCGACAUGUUUGCGAAUCCACGACGAUCAAUGUCGUUUUAUCGCUACGACCCAGAGAGUCCCGCACACAUCAAAGACUUUUUUAGCCGUCUAGAUGACAACGGUUGGUGUCAGCGCUUCAUCAGUGGGACGUACUUCGACGUUCUGCGCUCGAAGGGACGCAUACUCAACUAUUACAUCGAUUUAGUAGAAAACAAAGGACACUGCUUACCUCUAGAGUAUAUGAUCCAAGUUUUAUGCGUGCAGG